GAGCUAUACAUCAGGUGCAGGACAGAGUGCUUCAUUCAGCACCGAGCCAUCAGGGUAUGGCUUUUCAGCUCAUGUCUACCUGAAGUUUAUGCCACACUUUCUUCUAUGGCCACAGAAAGCACCGAGGACCCAGCAGCCCCAUGGAUGAGCACAGACCCCCAUCCCAGGAGAAUACCAUGCGCUGAAGACUGCCCUGAGCCUCAGAGAAAGCAGCACAUGACAGCAGCAGCGUGGGUGCGGAGGGCUCUGCCCGGCACCUACCGACAGCUCUCGCCUGCAGGUUUGGAGCCUCAAAGCCAAAGAAAGCCAUCCGCGUGCUGUUCUCGGGCGGCCCUCUGUAUCUACCUUCUGCUGCUGACGGCUGGCCAGGGGCUACUGACGUACAAAGUGUUUAAGAUGCAGAGGGAGAUAUUGAAACUCCAAGAGAAAAAUACCUCCUAUAAAGAAGAGAUUCUAGAAAGCUCCUUUGCCAACAAACAGCUUUCAGAGAGAAACUUUGCAGUGGAACACAUGAGACAUGAAGAAAACUGGAGGAGAAGCCUAGAAGAGGAAAUCACCAUAGUUAAGAACAGCAAUGCAAACCUGAUGAUGAUGGUGAACAACAUCACCCUGGUUGCAGGGCCUCCUGGACACAGAGGAGAACCUGGUCCCCCAGGGCUACGGGGACCACCGGGGACAAAGGGAGAACAAGGAAUACAAGGCUUACAGGGACUGCCAGGUGCAAAGGGGAGCAAAGGAGAUGCUGGUCCUGCCGGCCAAACUGGUGAACCAGGAGUAAGAGGAGAAAAAGGAGAAAAGGGUCUUGCAGGUCUCCAAGGAGAGAAAGGCGAAAAAGGCAAGAAGGGAGAGCCUGGACCCCAUGGACCCAUGGGUCCUCAGGGACGACAGGGAGUUCCAGGAGUGCCAGGUUUCAAUGGUAGCACAGGGGAGCCUGGACGUCCUGGGCAGAAAGGGGAGACAGGCGAAACUGGACGGCCUGGACCAGCGGGAAGUCCUGGCUUUGAGGGCAGACCUGGUCAGAAAGGGGAGAAGGGAGACCGCGGGCCCAGUGGUAAUCCAGGAACACCAGGCACUGCAGGACUCAAAGGUGAAAAGGGAGACAAAGGAGUAGCAGGUCUUCCAGGACAAAAGGGAGAAAAGGGAGACCAGGGCCUGGCAGGCAGACAAGGCCUAAUUGGUCAAAAAGGAAGCAAGGGUGAUUACGGCAGUCAGGGUCCAAAAGGAGUACCUGGAGAAAAAGGAGACAAGGGAGACCGUGGAUCAUCUGGUUCCCCAGGAAUGAAAGGGAGCAAAGGUGAAAAGGGAGAAGUGUCAGGCAACUUCAAUCAAUUUAUACGAAUCGCGGGAGGAGGCAAGAGGGGCCGUGUGGAAAUCUUUCACCAAGGGUUGUGGGGAACAAUAUGUGAUGAUGGCUGGGGCAUCCAAGAUGCCAAUGUGGUGUGCCGAAUGCUGGGAUACAACCGCGCAGUCUCCAGCUUCACAGCAACAGCAGGUGCUGGAAAAAUUUGGCUUGAUGAUGUGAAUUGCAGAGGGCACGAAUAUUCGAUUUUUGACUGUGAAAAGCCUGACUGGGGUGUGAACAACUGCUCCCACAGUGAGGAUGCUGGGGUGGAGUGUGUUUGAUGCGACACAGAUGCGGCUCUGGGAGCAACUGCCUGCAUCGACCCUCUAUGGGGCUCUUGUUCAUAACGCGAACCCAAUUUCAUCAAGCUGUGCUUAUAGUCUCUUCACCAGGUCGUAACAAUAUUGACAGACAAAGCUGAAUUUUCCAUAAAUCCAAUAAUGGUUGCAAGACCCAUAGAUAACCUGAAAUGUCCUAGUUGUUGCAAACCACCAGAGUUCAGGCAUGUGAGCCAGUUCACAGCUUUUCCAGCAGCCUGACAUCAGCUCAUAGCUCAUAUAUGUCUGACCUCCAAGUCCACAGGGGAGGAGAGUUGGUCCCCUUUAGCUCAAUGCAGUAAGUGUACAGAAUCAAGCACGUACUGCAGCUGAGCUGGCCUGGUCCACCUUUGUCACUGUUGUGAGUCUGAGCCUAAAACUCCUGGUGAAAUGAAUACACCCAAGACAGGAGAUGCUCAGAAUUCAUCAGAUGAUCUCUCUGGCAUGCAAAUAUAAAUGUUCUCCAGAAAGGAGGUUGAUCACAGGUUAAAAUGUGCAAAUAAGUGUCUGAGAUCUAAGUGCCAUACUAUCCUGGCUUAGCACAGAACUUGGUUUUGACCUUGGUCAAAUACCCUGCAUUCUCUUUCAGCUUUUCCUAACCUGUUUUCAGGAGCAAUACUCUUUUCUUUAUCUGGUGUAUAAAGCUAAGCUUUUCAUACUUUUAGAAACUACAAGCUCCAGUAAAACAAAGAGACAAUGAAUAAAAGCAAUAAUCGGGAAGCAUCAGCUAAUUAAAUUUUCAGGGCAAAAAUAUGGCUCUAAAUCAAAGAUUUCUACCUUGACUGAAAGUCUUACAUAAAUCUGAGAGAAUAUCUGAAGGGUUUCUAUUUCUUAAGGCCUGAGUAUUUCCCCUUUACGACCAGCACUGGGCAUUCAGCAGGUGACAAGCAACCUGCAUCCAUGUAGCCGGGCACAUCACAACAAUCUGCUUGCAGGCAUUGUCUUUAAAAUGUCAGCAAUGUAAAUGACCCCACAUCUUUGCCUUCAUGUGAGUCAUAACUGCAUGUGUCUACACAGCUUCAAAACUUGUUCUUAGUGCUUAGAAAUCUAGAUAAGAGUGGAAAAAAUAAGCGGUGCUGGUACCAAUAGAAGGCAAUGGGGCAUCCAGGGCCACUGUGAGUGAGAAGACCCAGCGGUGUGCUGGGUCUGAUAGUGCAGUCUGCAACAAAGCUCAUCAUCAUUUUGAACCAGAGGAAAUGUUUUUUACUAGCAGGAUGCUAAGUUUUGACACUUGGGCUAACACAGCUUUCUGCAGGGCUUCCACAAACAGUGCCAAGCCUGUCUGGGUUUCCUUUGUCUUUUCUUGUGGGGCAGUAUGUCAAUAAAGCAUUUCCACUGUUAGGAAAUAAAGAGUUUACAAGCUG